AUGGAGAUAUCUGGUUAUGCCUGGACUUACGGCUAUUUUCAAGCCAGAGCUAAGCUGCCAAAUGGCUAUGACUUAUGGCCAGCCAUUUGGCUCUACCCUCAAACCAAUACAUACGGCACAUGGGCGGCCAGUGGUGAGAUCGACAUAAUGGAGUACAGGGGUCAGGUGAACAACACCAUUUUGGGAACUAUACAAUAUGGGGCCCAAUGGCCUAACAAUGCUGCUCUGGGUAGUGGCGCAACAGCCUUUCCCCAUGACUUUAGUGCCAAUUAUCAUAUAUUUGGUGUUCAGUGGAACAAAACAACCAUCAGUUGGUUAGUCGACGGAAAGCCCUACUUCUCCACAAAUAUCAACCGCAAUAUGUCUACCGGUGCCCCGUAUACAGCGUUUGGACAGCCAUUUGAUAAGCCCUUUUUCUGGAUACUAAACGUGGCGGUGGGGGUGGGUGGCAACUUCUUCCCCACCAAUGUGUACGGACCCCAAGUAACCCCCGCUCAGGCCAGUCAAUGGGCUCAGCCUAAUAUGUAUGUCGAUUAUGUCAGUGUCUCUCAAUGGCAAUGA